CUAACCUCUUUGUUUCCUAGAUGAAUACUCAAUGACAUUGUUGAAUAAUUUCAAUUUUUUUUUUGUAUAUAAUUCAUCAAGUAUAUUUAAACUAAUUGUUGAAUAAAAUCAAAUGCGGUAACGUGUAAUCAGAAAAGAAUACGAAUCGUAUGAUUCAAGAACAAAGGUGAAACGUAUAAAUAAAAAUGCAAUUAAACAUUCAAGAAUGGCAAUAUGAAUCGUAAUUUUGUGAAAAUUGAAAAAUAUUAUUUAAACCAUAUAUUCAAUGAAUAUGUAUUCAAGAUUAUAUUAUUUCAAAUUUUAUGAUACAUAUGAAUUGAUAAAAAAGAAACGCAAAUAAAAUUAGAGAUAUUUUUUUGUAAAAUGAAAUUGUUUGAUUAAAGAUUGUUUAUGUUUUUUAUAUAUUCAUUUUUAAAUUUGUUUCUGAAUUGUUUUUUUCUUUCUUUAUUAAUUUAUAUUAAUAAUCAUGUCAAAACCUGAUAUGCCAAAACUCGUAACUGCACUUUUUUCCUUUAAAGGAAAAAAUAAUGAUGAAUUAUGUUUUAAAAAAGGAGAUGUAAUAACAAUAACACAAACAGAUGAAGAAGGCUGGUGGGAAGGCACAUUGCAUGACAAAACUGGUUGGUUUCCAUCUAAUUAUGUUAAGGAAUGUAGAGUUUCAGAAAAUAAUAUUUCAACUAUGAAGACUUCUCCUGAAAAAAUUUUGCAAGAAUCCCCUGUGCAUCAAAAAUUAAAUCGAGAUAUUGUAUUAAAGGAUUUAAUAGAUUCUGAAAGAGUGAAUGUAGCAGAAUUGCAAGGUUUAAUAAAUAAUUUUUUACAUCCUUUAGAAUCUGCUAAUAUAUUAGAAGAAGAAGAAUACAAGCAACUUUUAGGUAAUAUACAUGAAGUUCUUGAAAUACAUCAAUUAUUGUUAUCUAACUUGGAAGCAACUAUAACACAAGAUUGUGCUUUGAGAGUUGGAAAUCUCUUUUUAACAUUAGCACCAAAAUUAAAAUCUAUUCAUAUAACGUAUUGUGGAAAUCAUCCACAGGCUGUAUGUAUUUUAGAUCAAUACAGAGAUGAAUUGAAUAAUUUCAUGGAAUGUAAUGGAGCAAUAUCACCGGGUAUAUUAGUAUUAACAACUAGUUUAAGUAAACCUUUUCGAAGAUUGGACAAAUAUUCUGCUAUGCUUCAAGAAUUGGAAAGGUAUACGGAAAAGAAUCAUCCUGAUAGAGGCGACAUUCAACGCAGUAUAGCUGUAUAUAGGGAAAUAGCUGAUCAAUGUAUAUCUAUACGAAAACAACGUGAAUUAGCACUCCAAGUUUUAACUAGUGGUAUUAAAGGAUGGGAGGGAGAAGAAUUAAGUUCUCUUGGAGAAAUUCUUUACAUUGGCUCAGUCACUUUGGCAAAUGGAACUACAAGUCUAGAUCGUCGAGAUAGAUAUUUUGUUCUUUUUCCAACAACUCUUUUAGUUCUCAGUAUCAGUCCAAGAAUGAGUUCUUUUGUUUAUGAAGGAAAACUUCCAUUAACAGGUAUUACCAUUAUUCAAAUAGAAGAUACAGAUGAAAUAAGAAAUACUUUCGAAAUUACAGGGCCCAUGAUUGAGAAUAUACUUGUAUUUUGUGCUACUAAAGAAGAUCAACAGCGUUGGAUUAAACUUUUAAUACAAGAACAAACAACAAAUAGUAAUCUUGUAAAAUCAUCAAUGACAUCACGCAUUUGCAGCCAACAAAAUGGGAAACAGCAGUUACAAGCACAGCAGCAACAACAACAACAACAACAACAACAACAACAACAACAACAACAACAUCACAAAUCAAUCAUGGAACAUUGUUCCACCUUAGGAAUUAAAACACCUUGGAAUAUCGCUUCAUUACGACCAGCACCUCCUUUUUAUGCUUUUAAAAUAUUUAAUAAAACUGACAUCAGUUUGGAUUUAUCUUCAUCACGUUCAUGUAAUGAAAGACAAUUUGAAGAAGAUGCGAUCAUCUUAAAAGUGAUUGAGGCAUACUGUCUUUCUGUUAAUGCUAGAUUUACCAUGCAUUCUGGAGAAUCAACUUCAAUAUUGGAAUAUGAUUCACAUAAAAUGCAAGAAAAAGUAUCUUUAAUGAAUAAUCGUGAAAAUUGGGAUUUUUAUACUAAUCGGUUAUUAUCAGAAACAGUUAUGACAUUGAAAAAUCAAAUGACAAAUUUACAAUCACAAAUGUCAUUAUUGACAAAACAAUUAGAUGAAGAGAGACGAUCAAGACUUUCUUUAGCUGCUACAAUAAAGCGUAGUAUUGGUAUAAUGGAUGGAUCGGUAUCUUAAAUGCUUAUUUAUUGAUGUUUAUUUUUAUUAUAUUUAUAUUUUUUAAUGUGAUAUAAUAGGAAUGUUUUUUUUUUAAAAUGUUUGUAACUCUAUUAUUUGUAAAGAAAAAUAUAAACGUAAAUAACUAAUUGAAUUAUUUAAUAUAAUACAAUUUUUGAAAUUUUCAUUCAUUGUAGAUACUUAUGUUGUUUGCAUGAAAAUUACAAAUAUAUUUAUUAUAAAUGAAUUAAA